UACCCGGAAAUGGGAAUCUGCUUCUACAACUGUGGUCGAAAUCUAUAAUUUACCGACUUCCGAUAGUUUUAGUUUAGUAAAAUUAACAAUUACCUUAUGAUCUGAUUGUACAUAUUCGACUAAAUAUGUACAGCGGACUCCUGCCCAAAGGUUUAACAGAAGACGACCUCAGUCCAGAUGACGAAGAGGAUAAUCAGGAGGAUGAUGCUGCGAAGAAAAUGAUGGAGGGUAAAAAGGGUGAGAGUUCUGCCGAAGAAAACAUAGACUCAGCGGUAGAGGCACAGCCGACUCACACUGCCAGUGAUGCAGGCAGUGAUAGUUCGACGUGCAGUAUUCCUGGCAUAUCCCAGGAAAGUUGGCAAAAAUUCCAGGAUCUGCGGAAGAAGAAUGAUGAAAUGAAGAAAAUGGAGGAGGUCCCCAGAAGAAGAAAAAGAAGACGACACAAAAAAAGUGUCAGUGAAAAUGCAAUAAAGGGAGCAGAAAAUGGGGAACUUACAGAGACAAGCAGACAGCGUCGGAAGGAGCAGGAGAAGCACUGGAGUGAGCUUAAGCAAUAUUUUGGUGUAAAUGAUCGAUUUGAUCCCCCUGCAUGUUCCAAACCCCCUCCAAAGUCCGGCCUUGAAAAGAGCAUAGAGAGGGCCAUAGCUGAAGGGGACAUUGCAAAGGCGGAGGAGAUGAGCGACAGACUCGCCACUCGAGAGCUGGCUGUGAAAAUUGCUCAAGCCGCUGAUUGCCAUGACUUUGUGCGACGCAAACAGGAAGAGGAUGCUUUGAGGGCAGCGCAGAAAAGAAAGCAAAUAGCCUGGGGGUUUGAGGCGAAAAAACGAUGGGAAACCAAAAGCAACAUGGGCUACAUGUGACAAACGGGAAAAAGAGAAGGACUGUGCUUCUUUUUAGUUAAUUUGAUAAAAGUGGUGUCUUUUUAAAGGAUUGACCCUGUUUUUUUUCUUUCCUCUCGCUCUCUCUUUGUAUGUUUGAAGAUUUCACACCAGUGGAGUGUGAGGGAGAAAAGGCACAGAGAGAAACCAAUCCUGAGUACAAGAGAGAGAAGAAUCAUGGAACAUUCAGAUUAAUUCCAAAGGCACCCAUUGGUGUCUGCAUUGUGUUAUUUUUCAUUACAUUUCAGUUAUUUGAGUGCUCUGGCUUUUUCUUCCUCCUUCAAAUUAAAUCUGGUGUACAUUACUGGAUGUUGUGUUUAUUGCUGUAAAGUGGGUUAAUCAUGGAGGCACUCCUUUCUUCUUCCAAGGAAGAGAAAGAAAAGAUUAGGGCUUUAAUGCAAUGCACAGGA